UAGCAACACAUCACAAUUCACAACCACCUCCUCUCAUCUAUCUGCUCCAUUCUCAUUAGUCUAUUAUCUUCACUUCACCUAAGUCCACAUUUCAAUUCUUUAAAGCCUAAUUAAGAUGGUUGAGUCAUCCAUGUCAAACACAAUGAUGAUGGAGAAAGUCAUGACUUCUAAUUGGUCAGAAGAUGAUGAACUCUUAAGAGAGCUUUUAGAUGAUGAAACUCCUCUUUUCAUGUUGCCACAAGAGAGAGUAACUGAAGUAACCAACAAUACAAGUUAUGAUUCUUCAAAAGACCAACCUUUUAAUAGGUUCAUUUCAAAUAUUUAUUCAGGUCCUACCAUUUCAGAUAUUGAAAAUGCUUUGUUAGUUACUAACCAUAGAGAGAAUUUUCCACAAAUUUCAUCAAGAGUUUCUAUAUUGGAAAGAAGUUUGAGUAAGAUUGAGAAUAAGUAUACUUUGAAAAUCAAAUGCUUUGGAAAUGGAAUGGGUGAUGAUGGAUAUAGGUGGAGGAAGUAUGGUCAAAAAUCCAUUAAAAAUAGCCCAAAUCCUAGGAGUUACUAUAGGUGCACCAACCCAAGAUGUGGUGCUAAGAAGCAAGUUGAAAGAUCUAAUGAAGACCCUGAUACUCUUAUAAUCACUUAUGAAGGGCUCCACUUGCACUUUACUUAUCCUUAUUUCCUUGUGGGCCAAUCACAUCAAUCAAGUUCUCAUCCACCAAUCAAGAAGCCAAAGCCAACUUCUUCACAAGGCCCAACACAAGCCCAUAAAGGAAAUGAUGUUCAUGAGGGCCAGAAUAUACAAGAAGCCCAUGAAGCCCAAGCUAGUGCUUCUUUGGAACUCAUAUCACCCACUUUAUUGGACUCUACACAAGAUUUGGCCCAAGAAAAUUUGGGCUCACAAGGGUUGCUUGAAGAUAUGGUGCCAUUCAUGGUUAGGAACCCUACAAAUAAUGUUGAUAGUGAUGAUUACUCAGAAUUUUCCUUUUCCUCACAAUAUUCUCCUACAACGUUAUGGACUUCUGAUUUUUCCACUUCUACCUCUUGUUAUGCUGUUGGCUUAAAUCACAGUGUUUAGAUUUUAUACAUAUGUAUAGGUAAAGAUUUGAAAACUCAAUAAUUAUAAUUAUAAUGCUAAGGAGGGUUAUUAUAAUUUAUGUUAAAUUAAUUAUAUCAUGUAAUAUUUAUUUUUAUAACAAAUGCUAUG